CACAAAGUGAUCGGUUAGUUUUCGGGUCUUGUGUCUGCACUCGACUGUUUUUUUCGUUAGUGUGCAACAAGAUCUGUUUAUGUGUGAAGCAUAUUGACUUUAGAAUAUUUUUAGGACAUGAAGAAAGAAGAAAAACGAACAACAGUAGCUUUCUGGGGGACUCACGAGGCUAAGGACACCCGCGAGCUAUAUCGGUGCCUGGCAGGCGAGGUCGUGGCCACAGCUAUCCUGGUAUGGCUGGCGACCACCAACUGUGCACAGUUCUCGGACAACACGGGCGUACUCAAGAUCUCACUCACUGUCGGGACGACCAUAGCUACAGUUGUUACGAUCUUUGCGCCGGUGAGUGGAAGUCAUGUCAACCCUGCGAUCACUCUUGGGUUUCUCAUCGUAGGUCGUAUCUCUGCUCUCAAAGCCCUUCUAUACUUCCCCGCCCAGAUCCUGGGUGUUAUAAUAGGAACGCUAAUAUACGAGGUUUCAACACCUGAUAAUGUCCAAGGGGACAAUCUCUGUUCCAAUGGCAUCAACGAGGCUGCUGGAGUCACUGUAGAAGAGGCUUUAAUGGUGGAAGUGGUGCUAACUUUUAUCCUGAUGUAUCUGAUUUUAACCAUAAGCGACAAAAACGUACACCCUCACCCUGGUAGCUUAGGGAUCACCGUUUGCGGAUUGUAUGCUACAUCUGCUUUUCUUAUGGGGCUCAGAUACAGUGGUGUGGCCCUCAACCCUGCCCGGUCCAUAGGUUUAGCUAUUCUGGAACACAUAGUGUGGGACUCCAUUUGGGUGUACUGGGUAGGUCCGAUGCUAGGAGCAGCACUUGCAGGAAUUAUCUACAGAAACUGGUUUGACGUCGCAUUCCAGCAAGACUUAGCAACGCCUUAAUAAUAUUUCUGCAACUGCAUACUUCGCCGAUUUUAUUUGUAUACACAAUGAACCUUACGUUCCGCCACCAGGAGCUCAGAAUUACUAGAUAAUAAUAUAGAUAAUGAGUUUGGAGUAAAUGUACAUAUAACAGUUUUUGUCCUUACACAAAUGACGUCCCUUCACACAUUAAAUCUCAUUAAAUAGUAGUAAAAUGAAGCAAUACAAGAAUGAAACUUAUUAAGCAUCAGCCAUGAAUUAAAAAUUGACUACUCGGCUGAAAAUGACAAGUUAUUUAUCUCGUAAGAUGAUAGCGAUAUACGGGUGUUCAUAAAGUCCACACCGGCUUAAUAUUUUAUGAAAAAACCACAGAUAAAGCAAUAAAACUUGCUACACGAUUAAUAUACUUUUUGAGGUAACAACCAGUUUUCUCUCAAAUCAUAAGAACGAUCCCCAAGAAGUCAGAAGAUUCGUAAAUGUGAGCAUAGGUCAAGAAGUACAUAAUAUUAUGAGGGUCUAUCAAGAAAAUAUAACAAUGCCACAAAUCCUACCUCAAAAGGUUCAACCUUUAAAAAAUAGCACUGGUUUACGUAAAAAAGUUGCGAUGAUGCAACUUUCUACGUCCCCUGUAUUAGAAAGUUUAAUACUCAUUGCUAGGCUAAAAUUAGGAACGUUAUGCUUCGUAAACGCAUACUGGACCUCAGAAACAAUUGUUUAUUGUAGUUAGUGGAUCUUCUCAUCCAAUGGAGGAUGGUCCACAAAGAGUUCUACAAACGUAUUGAACGUAAGCAUACGUCAAGGCACAAUCACAGGCCAGGUACAUAACUUUAAAAGGUUUAUCUAGCAGAGAUGAAUACAACAGGCAGCACUUAAAAAGUGCGUAAGCGUAGUACGAAAUAAGAGCAUUACAUCUGGAGCGUAUCAGGACUUAGAACUUGGACUUUUAAGUUGUAUGUAUUUUAUGUUUGUAUAAAAACAAAACAAAUAUUUUAUAAAGAUUAUUUUUAAAGCAUUCUUGAGAGUUUCAAGCAAACUGUAAAAUACGUUUCUCAACAUACAUUUUGUUUUGAAACUAUUAGUGCACUAAAAGCUGUUGUUAUACUUCAAGGCUGCUUUAACCUACACUCACUCCCACAGCUGAUAUCCGUAAUUCUUAUCACCCGUGAGCUGAGUUAUCAACUGGAACAAUCACGUUUUGAAGUGAAUGUAAAGUUUAGCUCCAGUUUACCUUGCUCUUCGUGCAGCGUCUGGAAUCUUGGCUUGACUCCUGGAAUCUGGAGCGUUGCUAGUCUGAAGAAAUCCAAAAAGUCAGCGAAGAAAAAUCUCAAAAUGAACUAUUUACAUCGUUUUGACUUAAAGUUAAUCAAACAUUUAGCUUCAGAUUACAGAAGCUCUUUUAUUAGUUCAAGAAGCACAUUCCUUUUCGCAUUUUCUGUUGCGCCGUUGUCUUUUAAACAAGUGUAUCUCUCUUUGCCAUUAGUAUUAUUUAGUACAAACAGUACACGUUCUGUUGAUACAAAACUACACCAGUCAUAAAGUAAAAAGUUGUAAGUAAAAACGUUUUUUUAAAGGCAUAUAUUAGUGCAUUGUCUCAGCGUUUUAGAGAUUGUAAACAAUACUUAAUAAUUUAUGAGUUUAAUAAUUAAUGAUAUU